UAAACCCUAAAUUUAUCUCUCACCCGCCUCUGACCAACACAUAUUUGCAGAUAUACAUACAAACAGAAUACCUAUAAAUUCAGAGAGAGAGAGAGGGGUAGAGAGGGAGAGUCAUUGUGAAUGGCGCUCUACAUACUGUACGAGUCGGCAUCAGGAUACGGUCUACUGUUAGCUCACGGACUUGAUGAAAUCGGGCAGAAUACGGAGGCGGUUCGGAGCUCUGUCACGGACCUGAAUCGGUUCGGUAAAGUGGUGAAGCUUGCUGCUUUUAGUCCCUUUGAUUCAGCUCUUGAUGCUCUCAAUCAAUGCAAUGCCGUCUCCGAAGGGCAAAUGACUGCUGAGCUAAGGAACUUUUUGGAGCUUACUCUCCCAAAAGUCAAAGAGGGUAAGAAGCCUAAGUUUAGUUUAGGGGUGGCAGAGCCUAAGCUCGGAUCACAUAUUUAUGAAGUAACUAAGAUUCCCUGCCAAAGCAAUGAGUUUGUCCUUGAGCUUCUUCGAGGUGUACGCAUGCAUUUCGAUAAGUUCAUUGAAAAUUUGAAGCCUGGCGAUUUGGAGAAGGCACAACUCGGUCUGGGUCACAGUUACAGCAGAGCAAAGGUCAAGUUCAAUGUAAACCGUGUUGACAACAUGGUUAUUCAGGCUAUAUUUCUUCUUGAUACUCUUGAUAAAGAUAUCAAUUCCUUUUCCAUGAGAGUCAGAGAAUGGUACUCCUGGCAUUUCCCUGAACUAGCGAAGAUUGUUAAUGACAACUAUCUUUAUGCUAAAGUUGCAAAAUACGUGGAGGAUAAAUCUCAGUUGUCUGAGGACAAGUUAGAUGGCCUGACAGAUGUAGUUGGGGAUGAAGACAAGGCAAAGGAGAUUAUAGAAGCUGCCAAAGCAUCCAUGGGACAAGAUUUGUCUCCAAUAGACUUGAUUAAUGUGAAGCAAUUCGCACUGAGAGUAAUGGACCUUGCUGAGUACAGGAAGAAGCUUUAUGAAUAUCUUGUUGCCAAAAUGAAUGAUAUAGCACCUAAUCUGGCUGCAUUGAUUGGUGAAGUUGUCGGUGCUCGAUUGAUUUCUCAUGCUGGUAGUCUCACAAACUUGGCAAAGUGCCCUUCUUCGACUCUUCAGAUACUUGGUGCUGAGAAGGCUCUGUUUAGAGCGCUCAAAACUCGGGGAAAUACUCCAAAAUAUGGUCUUAUAUUUCACUCUUCCUUCAUUGGUCGUGCAUCUACUCGAAACAAAGGUCGGAUGGCCCGUUAUCUUGCAAACAAGUGCUCAAUUGCUUCUCGCAUUGAUUGUUUCUUAGAGAAAAAUACCACUAGUUUUGGGGAGAAACUUCGUGAACAAGUUGAAGAACGACUGGACUUUUAUGACAAAGGGGUUGCUCCUCGUAAAAACAUAGACGUGAUGAAAUCUGCUAUUGAAACUGUUCAGAGCAAAGACACAGAAAUGGAUGUAGACGAACCUCCUACAAAGAAGAGCAAGAAAAAAAAGUCAACAGUCGAGCCAGAAGAUGAACCAACGGCUAUCGUGAAUGGAGAUGCUACUGAGGAACCUAAAACCGAAAAGAAGAAGAAAAAGAAGGAAAAACGAAAAUUGGAGGAGGAAGCAGAACAUGAAAAGAUUGAGCCUGCAGAAAAUGCAGACGGUUUAAACGGAUUCAAUGCAGGAGAUGGAACUGCCAAAAAGAAGAAAAAGAAGAGUAAGGAUAAAAACAUGGAAGAUCUUCCAGUUCGUAGUGAAGGUAAAAAGAAGAAAAAGAAGUUGAGAAGUGAAGACGAUGAGUAAUGCAUGAAUUUUGCUAGGACGACUAUAAGACACAAAACUUCGUGUUUGUACCCUUAAGCCUGUAAACUCUGUUGGAUCCCCUGUUUAACAGACCUUUUAAGUUAUUAACAGUGCUGCUUUUUUAAAUGCGGGUUUUUGCUUUGAAAAUUUGACAAAAAAUUG